CUCAGUGCCUCACAAGACAGGGGAGGACGAGAAAGGCAAGAUAAGAGGACGAAACGCGCACCACAAGCAGAAGAAGCGGAGGCUCUCUUCCACGUCUCAUCACCUCUGCCAUGGCCACCGCUUCCACCGCCGCCCCCCUCCACCUCCUCCUCUCCUCCUCCCGCCGCCGACGCCUCCUCGCCCCCCGCGCCCACAAUGACUCCACCACCACCGGCCGACGCCGCUUCAUUGCCGACACCGCCGCCGUUGCCGCCGCCGUUGCCCCACUCGUCCUUCCCCGGACCCCGCUUGCGCGGGCCGACCAGACGCCCUCGCUCUCCGAGUGGGAGCGCGUCCUCCUGCCCAUCGACCCCGGCGUCGUCCUCCUCGACAUCGCCUUCGUCCCCGACGACCCUUCCCACGGUUUUCUUCUUGGGACAAGACAGACGAUAUUGGAAACAAAAGAUGGAGGAAACACCUGGUCCCCCCGCUCCAUCGCUUCUGCUGAGGAUGAAGAUUUCAACUAUAGGUUCAAUUCUGUAAGCUUCAUGGGCAAAGAAGGAUGGAUUAUUGGCAAGCCUGCAAUUUUGUUGCACACUUCAGAUGCUGGAGACAGCUGGGAAAGAAUACCGUUGAGUGCCCAGCUUCCUGGGAACAUGGUUUAUAUAAAAGCUACAGGUGAGCAAAGUGCAGAGAUGGUCACCGAUGAGGGAGCAAUUUAUGUUACUUCCAAUCGUGGGUACAACUGGAAGGCUGCUGUGCAAGAGACUGUCUCAGCCACUCUUAACAGAACAGUUUCAAGUGGCAUUAGCGGAGCGAGUUACUAUACUGGGACCUUCAACACAGUGAAUCGGUCACCUGAUGGACGCUAUGUUGCUGUCUCCAGCCGUGGGAACUUUUAUCUGACCUGGGAGCCUGGGCAGCCAUUUUGGCAGCCACACAACAGGGCAGUGGCACGUAGAAUACAGAAUAUGGGAUGGAGAGCAGAUGGUGGCCUUUGGCUUCUGGUGCGUGGUGGUGGACUCUUUCUAAGUAAAGGAAGUGGGAUAACUGAAGACUUUGAGGAAGCGUCAGUGCAAAGCCGGGGGUUUGGACUGCUUGAUGUUGGCUACCGCUCUGUGGAUGAAGCAUGGGCUGCUGGUGGAAGUGGUGUUCUUCUGAAAACAACAAACGGCGGGAAGAACUGGGUGCGCGACAAAGCUGCUGAUAACAUCGCUGCCAAUCUCUAUUCUGUAAAGUUCCUUGGUGACAGCAGAGGAUUCGUGCUUGGGAACGACGGCGUCUUGCUUCGAUAUGUUGGCUGACGCGCAAAAUCCUUCAGUCUGGCUGUAUUGUCCUUGACUUUUUGUACGUACUAUGAAGUAUAUGAACCAACACUUGUAUACAUGGUCACUCGGUCAGGUAUCUUAUGUGCCUAGUGCAAAAGGCUCUUGAUUUGUGUUGCAUUCGUCUGCGCAAGAGUGUAAAUUCCUGUCUGUAAAUCUAGCGACUGCGCAUCCACCUGUAAUCUAAUAUCUGACACUAUACCUUAAGGAGCUUGUAAUGUGAGAAUGAGUCAGCCACUGCUGCCUUUCAA